UAUGUAUAUUUACUUGGAAUAAUUAGUGUUGAAUAAACAUUGCUUGAAACUAUACAUAAACUAUCACUUCACAAAUACAUCAUAGACAGCAAGUUAGACUACGAUAAAUGCUACAUGAAACAUCUCAACAAUAGAAGUUGGUGUUCAGUCGAUAUUUGUUAUUUUGGCGUAUGAAUAGUGUUUUAUUAAGUUAAGAUCCAAAGUACAAGGAGAGAUAUUGUGUUAAAAUCUAUAUUUAUUGAGAAAGUUGGAUAAUUUUUGCCUUAGAAGUGUUUUAAGUUACCUACGAUCCAGGAUAUAUACAAGAGCCUGUAUAGAAGUCUAUUCAUUCAGAGAAUUGGAUAAUUUUGUUAUUUCUUUUUGAAGCAGCAUUAGAACUCUACCAUUUAAGAGUUGUGUCCGUCAGAGAGUCGAUUAAUCAAACUGUAUCAAUAUCAGGCCUCUUUUAAUAAUAUUGGAAUAUUGAAGGAUUUUAUUCGGUUUUCAUGAGAAAAUAAGAAUAAAGUGUGUUGACGUUGUCUUGACAACAGCGUAGGUGAAAAAGGGGACAAUAUGGGCAAAACUAACAGUAAACUAAAACCUGAGAUUCUCGAAGAUUUACGAAAAAAUACCGAAUUUACGGACGAGGAACUACAAGAAUGGUAUAAAGGAUUUCUCAAAGAUUGUCCCAGUGGCCAUUUAUCGGUGGAGGAAUUCAAAAAAAUUUAUGGAAACUUUUUUCCGUAUGGCGAUGCAUCUAAAUUUGCUGAACAUGUAUUUCGCACAUUUGACACUAACGGAGACGGUACAAUUGAUUUCCGGGAAUUUAUCUGUGCUCUUAGUGUGACGUCUCGAGGAAAGUUGGAACAAAAAUUGCGCUGGGCAUUUAGUAUGUACGAUUUGGAUGGUAAUGGUUUUAUAUCUCGACAAGAAAUGUUAGAAAUAGUCACGGCAAUUUAUAAAAUGGUUGGCACAGUUAUGAAAAUGCCAGAAGAUGAAUCCACUCCAGAGAAGAGGACAGAAAAAAUAUUUCGUCAAAUGGAUAAAAAUUCAGACGGAAGACUUUCAUUAGAUGAGUUCAUUGAAGGGGCCAAAAGCGACCCUUCCAUUGUUCGUUUGCUACAAUGUGAUCCACAAUCACAAAGUUGAGUCAUAUGAUCUUAAAACUGUAGUUUCGCAGAAAUUUUGUUAUCUUGCAUUCUGGGAUGGAAUGAUGGAUGAAAACUAGAUAAUAGUGUCGGAGAAAAAGUAUUUUCAUCGUUUGCCGAAUUAAACGCUGUGAAAGAACCAGCAGACAUUACUUUGACUCAUCGUACCGUUGUAUAUAUUUCUUUAAAAAAAAAAAACAUUUCUGGUGUGUACUGUUUCUCCACAAUAACCUGUUACCAUAGAAACUGUUCCGAUUUAAUGUGUGACCUUUAGUCUGAGUGACCUUGACCUUUGGGAAAAGGAAGUUGUCUUUAUUCGACAUUGAUGUGACCUUUGAACUGUAUGUUUUGCUAUGGUUUUUACCUGUGGUUGUUAUGGUAACUGUUAACAUGUACAGAGAUUGGAGGAAAACUGUAAGAACAGCUCACCUGUAUUCAUUCCAAUCUUUCGAAGAAAAAAAAAAUGUUUCCAAACAAAACUGUGUAUUCGUGGUGAUCUAGACAUUUCUGAUUUGUAUUUUAUUGUCUCCUUUGGCCGACAAAAUUUCUAUGAAGAUGAUAAUUUUUGUUGAUAAUAUUAAACAGAUUCUGUUUGUAAAAUCUUAAUUAUGCGUCUGCCUCUAAAAUUGAAAUUAGUCUUCUUUUUUUUCUUUUUUUUACCUUUUUUUUUUUAAUUGGUGAUAAUUAGUUUAUUAUAAUUAGAGUCACAAUGCCACUUGUAAAUGUAUUGAUAUUAUUUAGAUAAGUGUUUACUGAUAUUUCGUUUAUAUUUAAGAGCAAAUGAGACAUUAGUGGGAUUUCAUAUUGUCGCCCUAGGAAUUGUAACGGAGUAAGGAGGAAUGUAUAAAGCAGCCCUCAAUCUAUGGUCCUCAAAAAUAUGCAUGCUAGGGUCUGACUUUCUCUAAGUCACUGUCUCUUCAGACGCGCACAUGCACCAUAGCGUAACUGAAGUCAAUCGAGACACGCAGGUAAAGGCUAUUAAGACCCUGUUAUCCAGAUUAUCAGUGACUAUUUUCAUUCGUGUUGGACUCAAAUGGCAGGUUUCUAUUUAUAUUAUUCCUUAAAUCCCGGAUGGGUUAACGUGGUCACAAAAUGGUGAGUUUACCAGGAUUGGCCUCUUAUACAAAUACAUACGCAAAAGGUGGGCAUUGAUUACGCAAAGCAAAGUCGUCAUGGUUGCAAUAUUUAAAACAUACAUAUUAACAAGUAAAUUUUAUGAAUAUCCACAUAACCAAAGGGAAGAGAAUUUAGAGAGCCAAAAUGACCUUUGAAGCCAAAUAGUUUAAAAAAAUAAAAAAAAGAAGAAAAAUCAUGUGGCUCAGUGAUAUUUGCAUAUUUUAGAUUUGUUUUCUCAGUGCACAAUUAGCAUAUAUACACAAAAAUGGCUAUAAAUAUGUACAUGUUUUUAUUUUAAAUAUUAUUAUUAUGGCCUAAAGAAGGUUAAUGUAUAAUCAAAAUGAAUUUAUUUAUUCAUUCGUUAGAGAUGGCAGUCUUCAGUGAUUCCUGGAGAUAUCUUCGAUUGCAAGUUCAGAUAUAUAAUAUGACUAUCGUGAAAGCAGCCUUGAAAAUGUGUUGAACUUGAAUUAAUGAUUUGGGAAAUAUAUAAAUGAAUCGACUAUCAUCAGGCGAUUCUCUCAAUGAAUGUGUUGAUUGAUCUGAUUGGCUGGAAGAAAUGAGAAAUGGUCAAAUUUCAACCAAUCAGGUGAAAUUAGUACAAGUUGAGUUUAAUAAUAAAACUGCUAUCUUUACAGAAGUUAUCGGCAAGUGGCCAUGACCGACCGGAGAAGAGCGAAAAACGGAAAUCUUGAAGUCUCUGCUCGUCAUUGGGACACCCCUCUCAGCUUAGUCCAGAUAGGCAAAUGAGCCAAUUUUUUCGCCUAGUGGGCCGGGGUUUUUUCUUCAGGAAAAUGGGCCAGUUUUCCAGAGUUUCUUACACAUUCAAUCAAACCAAAAUGAGGCCUACAAAUCAAUAUUCAACGGAGUCAUUUAAAAAUUACAUAAUGCUAUACUUACGAACUUCUUUUUGACCUAACUGAGAGUAUUGAUUGAUUUUCUAAUGCUGAGUGGGCCGAUUUUCCCCCCCCCAGUAGGCUACAUUUUAGCGUAUAUUAAGCCGUGAAAAAUUAGAUAAUCUUACAAAAAUGCAAAUCACGAUCUGGGACUUUAAUUGAAUACUGGUAUUUGAAAACCACACACGAUAAGCUAAGUGUUUGGCCACACCUGUCAGCCCUGAAUUUGCGACCGGUUUUAUUUAUUGCAUCUCGGGAAUUUUAAAAGGAGUUAAACUUCUUUGAUUGGAGUCAAAAGCAAAAUUUUCAAAUUUGAUUUGUUGAUUGGUUUCGUGAGAUGACAAUCGCUCUUUGUUCAAAACUUUCGGUCCAUGUAUAAAGUCAUCAAAUCAACAAGAUUGAGUAAUAAGGCCAUACCAAUUUGCUUUUCUGUUUUUCGGGGUCUUGAUGGAUAAAUACCCACUUGAAUCAUGUGAAAGGUGUUUUGUUUAAAAUUUGGAACUAAAAGCUUUUAAACAGUGCAACCAAAUACUUUUGGCUUUUAAAGUAGUCAUUUUUCCAAAGAACUAAGAACAAAACAUUUGAGUGGUGUUCCCGAAGAACAGAGAAUCGAAUUGAUGUGGCCUAAAUACUGAUUUUUUUGCAUAUGGAUGACAAUCAGUCAAUCUGAUUGAAAUACAGAUCUAUAUUUCAUUUCGUUUUUUAUUCUUUCAAUGGCCUAUACUACAUAAAUAUCUGACCGGUUGUAGUGGAAGGUUGCGAGCGGCUUUUGACCCUAAGACGUCAGACAUUUGAUUAACCAAUCAGCAUUGAUGUUUGUAGUGCUAUGCCCACAAUUCCGUGCACCUCGCACCAAAAACUCACCGUAACAGACCAUUGAAAUGGCUAAUUCCUCAUCAUCCAGAACGUGGGUUAUAUAACAACUCUUCCAGAUCCUAGUGUAGUAAAAUGAAAUUUUGAACUAUAAAUAACGAAAUAGGAUCUGUGUUUUAAUCAGAUUGGCAAUCAAUCUUGUUCGAAAUUUUAGGUCCUUUAUUUAGAUAAAGCCAUUAAAACAAUCCAAGUACUGAUACUUUAUUUUGACGUAAAUUGAAGAGGUUUGCGCCCCUUUAAUUAUGUAAAAUAGGGGACCGGGGCAUAUUGAACAUAUGGGUACGUUGAACCACCAUUGAUAUAUCCUUUAUAAAUAAUAUUAGGCAACCCAAUGUGUCCCGGUCUCCCCUAUGUCUUUGUAAAGAAACUUGUUGAUAUUUAAACAUCUGAUUAUUUGGAUGACAUUCAGUAUGUAAAAUGUUGAUAUAAUAUAUUCAAUAACUCCAACAAUAUUUGAAUAUGUAACUUUGAAUGGUGUCUUCGAUAUUAAUUUUUAUUGAUAACAUAUACAUAUUUCAGAUGGGUGGCCAAAUGGGUUUACACAUGUGCAUAAGAUCAUAAGGUCUGUCAUUAAGUCAAAUGCUGUGGUUUUGAUUCUCAACUUGUACAUGACAAGUAGUAGUGUUGCUUAUCCAACCUCAUGGGUCUUCUCCGGGCCCUCCGGUUUCCUCCCACUGGUAAAGACCCCUACGUGCAAGCAAAUUAAUGAAAUAAGAUUGAACCAUAUGUUAGUCCCGAAAUGAUAUAGUUUGUGUCGAGUGGACGUUAAACCUCAUUUCUCUUUCUCAUUAGGCUGGUUGGUGCAGAAAACUCUAUUUCAUUUCCUACCGAGACACAUUUUUUAUUAGCCCGGUUUGUGCAGAAAAGUAGGACGUUAAACACCAUUUCAUUUCCUAUCGGGGAAACGGUUUUCUUACAUCCAGACAGUUAUUACAUUAAAUACAGAAGAUAAUUCUAUAUCUGUGUCAGGGGCUAAGUGAGAGGGAUGCAGUGACAAGCUUUGCGUCAUGGUUUUGAGUUUUUGUGCCCCCUCGCAAAUAGCAAAAAAUCAUGCAGGUUUCAAUGUGGUUUUCAACAUUAUAAUCAUAAUAAUAAUGCUUAACCAGUGUCAAACAUAUACAAUGGGUCAGAUAUGCUACAAAUCGACUCUAGCAUGUUCCUUACAGUCCAAUAUUACUUGGUAGCACUGAGAGGGACUGCCACAUCACCCCCUCCACCGCACACAUAUUUAAAUAUUAGUUUUUUUGGGAGAUGGGACGGGAUCUUGUUCCUCAUGCGAAAUGAUGGAUCUCCACGCCCCUGAUCUGUGUUUUUUGGGAGACCGGACGGGAUCUUGUUCCUAAUGCUAAAUGAUGGAUCACCACACCCCUGAUUCCUCAUGCGAAAUGAUGGAUCACCACGCCCCUGAUCUGUAUUUUUUGGGAGACCAUACAGGAUCUUGUUCCUCAUGCGAAAUGAUGGAUCACCACGCCCCUGAUCUGUGUAUGUUAUCUAUAAGAAUUGUUUAUUAUUCAUCUGUAUAUUUAUAUUAAACUGUCCGUCUAUAACCCAUGUAUCGUUAAUCUUGCGUAUUUACCUCUCAGUUCUUUCACAUUCGAUCAAUAACAAAUCUUCGUUUGAAAUUUCGUAAAAACUGUCUAAAAUUUCCCCAAAUCAUCUAAUUUGUAGUUAUGUCCAGUUUAAAACUGACCGUUUAAUUUUGAUAACAAGCAUCCAAUUUAUAGAAGGGUUUAAUUUCCCGAUAACUGUUCAAAAAUAAACAAUCCCAUUGAUUAUUAAUGUGUAAUAGUUAAUUAAAAAUUUUUUGAUAUUGAAUGAAUGUGAAGGAGAUUAGGGCCAAAUACACAAGAUUAACGAUACCCAGGUUACAGUGUUGAUAAAUUAUAUUAAACUGUCAGUCUGUCAGUUGGUAGCAGACUGACAGUAUGAUAGAUAAUAUCUGUACAGUGUAUUUUCUUUCAGCUAAAAUAUUGUAGAGAUUUGAUGAGAAAUGUAAUUUAUGUCAUUUAUUAUGUAAUUUAAUAUAUACACAUUAAAAAUCCUGAGCUCGGCUCUUUAGAAAAAGA